AUGGCCAGGGCAAGAGAGCACUACCACAUUUUCGUCGGAGACCUGAGUCCAGAGAUAGAGACGCAGAGCUUAAGAGACGCCUUCGCACCCUUUGGAGAAAUAUCUGACUGCAGAGUGGUGAGAGAUCCACAGACGCUGAAAUCUAAAGGAUAUGGAUUCGUUUCCUUUCUUAAAAAAUCCGAAGCGGAGUCGGCCAUAACAGCAAUGAAUGGCCAGUGGCUAGGUUCGCGGUCAAUCCGGACGAACUGGGCGACCAGAAAACCGCCAGCGCCCAAGAACGAAUUGAACUCAAAACCUCUAACAUUCGACGAGGUGUACAACCAGAGCUCUCCAACAAAUUGCACGGUCUAUUGCGGCGGUCUCACCACCGGGCUUUCGGAGGAACUGAUCCAGAAAACGUUCCAGCCCUUCGGCACCAUACAGGAGAUAAGAGUCUUCAAAGAUAAGGGAUACGCGUUUAUUAGAUUCUCGACGAAGGAGAGUGCGACCCAUGCCAUAGUGGCAGUUCACAACACCGACAUCAACGGACAGCCAGUUAAAUGCUCUUGGGGGAAGGAAUCUGGGGACCCCAACAACGCACAGCCACAGGGCCAGCUGAGCGGUACAGCGUACAGCCCAUUCGGCGCGUACCCUGGGGGCGUGCCGUCGUACUGGUACAACACUUACCCGCAACAACUCGGGGGCUUCCUUCAAGGGAUGCAAGGGGUGCAGGGGUACUCUUAUGGACAGUUCGCAGGGUACCAGCAGCAGUACAUGGGCAUGGGGGGCGUGCAGCUCCCUUGGGCACUAGGGGGUGGAGUAGGGGGAGUGGGUGGAGUGGCCGCCAUGUCUCAGCCGCCGCAGCUGCUGCACUAUCCCGUGCAGCACUUCCAAGUCCAGCCGAUCGCUGAGGAGGAGUGGUUAGCCCCGAGUUUGUUGGUGUGA